CAUAUUGAACACGUCGAACUUCAACAGUACAUAAGUAAAGCAAAGCCGUUCCUCCAUUCCCUCCAUUCCUUCAAAAAUGCGCAUCUCUUCCCUUUUAAAAUCAUCGCUACUCAUCGCUGGGGCUGUCAUUCCAUGGCGGGCAGCGGCGGGUGAAGGUCCCAGCGAUGUCAUAGACCUUACUUCAGCCAACUUUGGCGCUGAGACGCAGAAGGCUGGCCUUUUACUGGUCGAGUUCUUUGCGCCGUGGUGUGGCCAUUGUAAAGCGCUCGCUCCUCACUAUGAGGAAGCUGCAACGGCUUUAAAGGAGAAGAACAUCACGUUGGCGAAGGUCGAUUGCGUUGAUCAGGCGGACCUUUGCUCAGAAAAUGAUAUACAAGGUUACCCAACGCUGAAGAUCUACAGAAAGGGGAAACCGACAGAAUAUGGAGGGCCUCGCCAAGCUGAUGGCAUCAUCAGUUACAUGACCAAACAAUCUCUCCCGGCCAUCUCGACUGUUGCCUCUGAGAAUCUCGAAGAAUUCAAGGUCGCUGAUAAGGUCGUUGUGCUUGCGUAUGCUACUUCUACCGAAGAAGCCCCCAUUCCUGCCUUCUCUUCCGUUGCUGAGACCUACCGUGACGAUUACCUGUUCGGUUUAACAACCGAUGAGGCGGCCAUCAAAGCGGCUGGCGUCACCCCACCUGCUAUCGUUCUUUACAAAAAGUUCGAUGAGGCCGACUGGAUCAGAUCCAAUGCUAUUCCUCUCAUUGACGAGAUAUCUGGAGAAAAUUACAACCUUUAUGCAACAUCUGGCCUCCCACUUGCUUAUAUCUUCAUUGAACCAACCGACCCUAAGCGGGAAGAGCUGAUCAAGGAACUCAGCCCCAUUGCCAAAGAACGAAAGGGCGUCGUUAACUUCGUCUGGAUCGAUGCGAUCAAAUUCGUUGAACACGCAAAGUCUCUUGUUCUCACAGAGGCUAAGUGGCCAAGCUUCGUGAUCCAAGACAUCAAAAGUCAGCUCAAGUACCCAUUGGAUCAAUCCACUGAGGUCAAUUUCAAGACCGUCGAUGAAUUUGUCAAGAAUUUUGUUGCUGACAAGUUACAGCCCAAGUUGAAGACCGAGCCUGUUCCCGAGGAGCAAACUGAGAAGUACUAUAAAGUCGUCGGGGAAACCUUUGAGAAGGUUGUUUACGAUGAUGAUAAGGACGUUUUCGUCCAGUUCUCUGCACCAUGGUGCGGACACUGCAAGCGCCUACUGCCCACGUGGGAGACCCUUGCUGAAACCUACGCGGACCGCGCCAACCAAAUCACCAUCGCCAAGAUGGAUGCCACUGAGAAUGAUCUUCCUCCAGGAACUCCUUUCCACAUAGCUGGCUACCCUACCCUCAAAUUCAAGCCCGCAGGGUCUCGCGAGUUCUUUGACUACGAUGGCGAUCGUUCACUCGAAUCUCUCAUUGAGUUCGUCGAGUCCAAGGCGAAGAAUGACCUGACGAAGCCAGUUGCCAAGACUGCUGAUCCGGCGGAUAGCGCUCAACGUCCUGCAGCUACGCUUCAUGGAACAACAUCAAGAAUUAUAAACCCUCGAAACGAUUUGGGCGUUGCGUUUCUACACCCUUCCGUUUCAUAACUGUACCCUGUUUGAACACCAAUUUCCUUUGAUGAAACUGGAGCUCUCCUUCUGACGGAAUUAUGGGCAUUGUUCUGGACACCUAUUACUAGUACGAAACGUGUUGCGCUG